AUGGUCCUCCACCUGCCACAGUACCGAUCACCUCCAGUGACCCAGGCCCUUAUUCUGGUCAAGCCGCCUAUGACUCUCCCGGACCUCAGGUACUUCCUGGCGGCAGUGUGGCCCCUCCGGCCCCUAUGGGACCACCACCGGUUCCUCCUUAUGCGGAUGAAGAACGUUCUCGCGCUGACGACCGGGAUCGUGAUCGUCAUCGCCGUCGACGUCGUUCGGCAUCCCCACUUCCUCCUGACCCUCUGCCUGCUGGACCUUCUCCUCCGAUUCCAUCAACCCCGGGACAUUCUGAUGCCAUCCCGAUCGGCCACACAGUUCCACCUCCGGCUGUCUCCAAGCACACCGGACGACCUCUUGCACCGAAGGUCAAAGCGCGACCGCAACUUCCUCCUCCACGCACCACAACGGCGACCACCGGCAGAUCCCGUAGUCGGCGUCGCCGCCGCGACCGUGCUGACCGAGACCGUGAUGAUCGUGAUGAUCAUGACCGUUCCCGAGGUGCACGUGAUGUUCCCCAUCGCGAUCGAGACCGUGAUCGACAUCGCCAUUUUCUACAUUACUCCACAGUCCUGCCCUUCCCUGGUGCCAUACAUGUCUCUCCGACGCUCUGCUCCUCUUUCGUCCUCUGCCUCCUCUUCCUGCACGACCUUGUCGUCAUCCACUUCGGCAACUAUCUUGGAGUACUUGGACGUAUUGACUGAUCCUUUCAUUCUCUUCCGGGUGUUCUUACCACUCUUGGAACUUCGUCUACGCACUGCUCUCGUCCCUCCGGACUCGAUGAUGGACACUGCUUCUUCCCGUGCACCCGCCCCGGACUCCACUUUACGGUGUCUCUUUCCCAUUGCUGAACUACAUGGCCAGGCUCUGGCGUUCCGGACGGAACGCGACUAUCACCUUCACUAUGCCCUCGCCGAGAUCACAUUCCAUCCCGGUGUCGUUGCUUCUUUGAUGAUGACAUGCUCGCGAGCAUAUUACGCAGUACGAGCCCUUCUUCGUGAUCGUGGACUUCAAUAUGCCUUCUACGUGGAACGCACACCCGAUCUUCCACGGUCACAUUCUUCUCGACCGUGCCUCUCCAUCUUCCAUCCGUUUUGUCCACAACAAGUCCGCGGCAUGGCGUUACACCGUGGAAUUCAGCAUUGGGUCUUCAUUCCUUCCAGCUACCAGGAGUUGCCUCUGAUCCGGCUCGGACGUUUCUCAUGA